AUGACAGAUCAUGUUUCUGUUAACGUGUAUGAUGAAUCGAGUUCUUUUGAUGACGAUGGUCGUUUGAAAAGAAGAGGGAAUGUUUGGACUGCAAGUGCUCAUAUAAUUACUGCUGUGAUUGAUUCUGGAGUUUUAAUAGUUACUUGGGCUACUGCACAGCUUGGAUGGAUUGCUGGUCCAGUUAUAUUGCUUCUCUUCUCCAUUGUUACUUACUACACUUCUAAUUUGCUCUCUGAUUGUUAUCGUAAAGGUGAUCAAGUUACUGGGAAAAGAAACUAUACGUAUAUGGAUGCUGUUCGAGCCAAUCUAGGUGGUGUUCAUGUUAAGAUUUGUGGGAUACUUCAAUAUGCAAAUAUUGUUGGAGUCGCGGUUGGGUAUACCAUUGCAUCUUCUAUUAGUAUGGUAGCUGUGAAAAGGUCGAAUUGUUUCCAUGAAUACGGUCAUCAGGCUGCUUGUAAUGUUUCAACCACUCCAUACAUGAUCGGUUUUGGAGUGGUGCAGAUUGUCUUGUCACAAAUCCCAGAUUUUGAUCAGAUUUCAUGGCUUUCUAUUGUGGCUGCUGUUAUGUCUAUGACAUACUCAACGAUUGGUCUUGGUUUGGGAGUUGCUAAAGUUGCUGAAACAGGGAAAGUACAAGGAAGUUUAACUGGGGUUAGUGGUGGAACUGGAAUGCAGAAGAUUUGGAAAAGCUGUCAAGCUGUUGGAGCAAUAGCUUUUGCGUAUUCUUACUCUCUCAUACUUAUUGAGAUUCAGGAUACAAUCAAAUCACUACCAUCAGAAGCUAAGACGAUGAAGAAGGCAUCGUUGAUAAGUGUGACAGUAACAACUGUUUUCUUCAUACUCUGUGGUUGCUUUGGUUAUGCAGCAUUUGGAGAUCAAUCACCUGGAAGUUUACUAACUGGAUUUGGAUUCUACGAUCCUUAUUGGCUUCUCAACAUUGCAAACAUGGCUGUUGUUGUACACCUAGUGGGUGCAUACCAAGUUUACUGCCAACCCCUUUUCGCCUAUGUUGAAAAAACAGCAGCUGAACGGUACCCUGACAGUAUAAUCAUCAUGAAGGAGAUUGAUAUUCCGAUCCCUGGCUGUAAGCCCUUCAACCUCAACUUUUUCCGUCUAGUAUGGAGGACAAUUUUCGUGAUCUUCACAGUUCUCAUUUCUAUGUUGAUGCCAUUCUUUAACGAUAUUGUUGGCAUUCUUGGAGCCUUUGGAUUUUGGCCACUUACAGUCUACUUCCCAGUAAAAAUGUACAUUGUGGAAAAGAAUAUUACCAAAUGGAGUGGAAGAUGGAUUUGCCUUCAACUACUUAGUGGUGCUUGCCUUGUUAUCUCAAUUGCUGCAGCUGCUGGUUCUUUUGCUGGACUUGUUUCUGAUUUACAAGUUUCCUGGCCUUUCAAGACGCUUAAUUAA